GCCUCUACAGCUGAAACUCCCCCGUCCCCAGCAGAGAAUAGAGUCCCAGUCCCCACUGCCACAUCCUCGCAGGCUGCCCCUACUCCAAACAACUCCCCAGACUGAGUGGUAGCGCCUAAAUCAAUUGGGCAGAGAGUAGUGGACGAACUAAAGCACUACUAUCAUGGAUUUCGGUUGCUUGGGAUUGACACGAACAUCGCAGGGAGAAUGGUGUGGAGGUUACUACACGGCCAACAACUCACGAGGAGAGAGCGCAGAAGGGGAAGGCAACUUAAUCCACAGAUGAUUGCCACAGAACGCAUGGCACCCAUGAGUGUGUCAGAGCUGCAGGUGGCGUGUCGUAGCCGGGGAAUGAGGUCAUCGGGGCUGACGACCGAGCAACUCAUGCAGCAACUGCAACAGCAAGUCACCGCCCCCUCUCCYGCAGAGAUCGAAGCCCCUGUCAAAGACAAGCCCAUGUCUGCGUCACUAGAAGUCCUGGUGGACUCUGCCCCCAUUAUCAAUGACAGGAAGGUGGGGAGAGUUUUGGAUAAAGCCAGGAUUGUGGAAUUGAAGAUGGCGUCACCAGAAGCUCAGUUAAUACAUGCAAAAGGUGCUGAGUUGGCUGCUAAGAUGGCUGCCAAGGCCUACUCUACUGGGUCCAACACUCACUAGCUGCAUAGACUGCUGAAGGAAGCUGCAAUCCCAACCCCCAUUCCCCCUUUCACUUCUGGUUUAGGGAAGCCAUCGUGGCACACCUUUUAGUCAAGUAAACCAAGGAAAGGAUGAGAGGGCUGCACAGUUAGAGGCAGACAUGGCUUACUACUUGUCAUCCAAAAGGACAAGUCUAAUCCCAAGAAACGACAAUGGAGAAGAAGUGAGAGGGUCACUUUAAAUGUAUUGCUUCCUUCAUCGUCUGAACUGUUAAUUUGCUGCACUCCAUCUGGCGGGAUAUUGCUCAAGUGUUUACAGUUGUAAGAUCUGUGUCAUAUAUCAGUAUUGUUUUUACUCUGGAACAGAACAUAAUGUUCUGUGAUUUGAACUACGGUAAACAUUGCACUGUAACGGCAGCACAUCUUUUGUAUAAUAUCAUGUUUAAUAGAAUCAUCAGUCUCAUCAUUUAUGCUAGCUAAAUGGUAUCCUGUACAUUUGUUGAAUGUAUGAUAUGGAAAUAGGUGCCUCUGCUUUGUGCAGUCCACUGGCCUAUACUCUAAGCUUAGUCUAAGGGGCGUCAAUCUUACUACAGUUUUAUUAAGACAAAAUUAUGGGACGUUCCUGUUAUUGGUUGGCGAACACAUUGUUAAUGGUAAGCUUGAUGUUAUUAGAAUAUCCCUCAUACAGGGGAGUAUAAUGUUCACUCCUCUGGGACAUUUUCGUUAGCCUGCUAGCUGCUACUACGUUGCCAGGUUACUAUGUACGCCAGGUCUGCGUAUUGGCUAAACCUGCAGUGUGAAUCAAAAUGGGUUUUAUAUGUUGGGUUUGCUUUAUUUAAAGGGGUAACAUGAUAUGCCGUGUACCAUGUAGAUAAAUACCUUAAAAAAUAUAGUUUUUAAAAUCAUGAUGCCAUGAUAUAAAAAACAUUUAUUUAAAAAAAAUUAUAUAUAGAAAAA